CUGUAACUGGAAAUCACCACUUCCUCCUAACACCCUAUAAGUAAUUGUUAGAACAAUGCAGGUUUUCAUCAUUCAGACAAAGGACCCCUUCUAUCUCUGUGUCUCCCAUCAACUGAAAAAUGAAGUUAAGGCAUAUUCUUCUACUUAUUUUUAUUGGAGUAGUUCUUUCAGCAAUAGAAAGUCAAGGGCUGGGAUUUGAUUAUAAAGACGUGUAUCCAUGCUUAGAAGUGCAAACACGAAAGGUUAAUAUUAAAAUCCUGCAGAGUUACACAAUCAAAACCAUCCCUUUCAAUGCCGUUCUGUUUUUUGCAAAAAAUGGUGUAAAGAUCUGUGCUGACCCCAAUCAGGCCUGGGUUAAAAAAGCUAUAAAUACGCUGGACAAGCAAGCUCAAAACCAAUCUAAGAAGGGAACAAGCCAAAAGAAAGUGAAAAAGACAACAACCAAAACAAAAAAAAAUGCAGGGAAGAAAACUCGAGGAAAACCAAAGAAAAGGUCUGAGCCAAGCAAAAAAGCAUCACCAGUAUAAUCCAUCAUUUCAUCAUGAAUCUUCUAACCACCAGGACUCCAAGCUCUGAGUAACCUCAAAUAUCACUGAAAAUAAACUAAUAGUGGCGACC